GAACACCUCACUGCCUCACUGGGCUCCAGCGGAAUCCUCCUGCAGUCAGACGCGGAUGAGUAUCGUUUCAUGCGGGGCUUCUGCGCUUCCGGUUGGGCAACACAUUGAAAGGAAAGUCGUGAAAGGAAAGUUCGAGAGAGAGGAGAAUCAAAAUGAGCAUUCGGGGACAGGAACAGGCGGAGAAGAAGUACAACCCGCAUGACACCACCCUGAAGUUUGUCGACAGGAGGGAUGAACUAGAUCCAAUGUGUGACGAUGAUGAAGACGGUCUCAGAGCAGAGAUGUCCUGCGGCCACGCCGUCACUCCUGACUCUCUCACAAGUUGGUGUCGUAGCCAGCUGGAUGAGGGUCACUACAAAUUCAGAUGCCCUGCCCUGGUAGAGGGGAACAAACUGUGCAACAAACUGUGGUCGUACCGAGAGGUGCGCAGGCUGGCGGAUUUGUCUGUCGAGGAAAUGCAGCACUUUGAAGAUACGAUGGCUCGUCUGGCUGCUGCAGAAUUCUGCGAAGUUCAGACAUGCCCGCAGUGUAAAACGAGUGUGGAGAGGAAGGAUCUCUCCAGCCUGCGCGUCCGCUGCACCGUGUGCACAGCCGAUCGGAAGGAGGCCUACGACUUCUGCUGGCAGUGCCAGAGGAAGUGGAAAGGUCCGGUCCCUCGAACCGACGGCUGCGGCAACGACGGCUGCAUCGACAGGGACCUGCAGCUUCUGCAGACGUGUAAGACCAUCGGCCUGCCCGCGGUGAAGGGGGUCACCCACUGCCCCUCUGUCCGAGUCUGUCCGACGUGCGGCAUGAAGGUGGAGCACAGCCAGCAGCACUGCAAAAAUAUCAACUGCCCUCGCUGCCACGUGGAGUUUUGUUUCGUCUGCCUGAAGCUAAAGCGAGAAUGCCGUAAGACGAGUUCACCGUACAGCAUCUGUCCUGGUGGUGUGGCCCCCAGACAGACCUCCAUCCCCGUGUGGAAGAGGACCUGAAAAAGAAACAGGUGGCUGUAACUUGAUGAACAAUUUAACAGGAGAUUUGAGUUUAAAUGUAUCAAUAUUACUCCAUAUAUAUUUGUUGAUUUAUACACAAAAUGUGACAAAUACUCGCGCUAUAACUCCAAAAGACAUUACACAUGUAUCUUCUGGAUGGACUUUAAAUUGAACAUGACAAUGAGCUACUUGUGAUACAUUCUGUACAUACAAAGUUAAAUGUCUUAAAAAGAGAUUCUUAGAUUUCAGAAUGUAUUUAGAAACUUUAUCAUUACUAAAUAAAAUGUUUACAUUUACAAAGAUCCUCCUGUGUAUAGCUCCAUUCCAGGAGCCAUGCAGCUAUAAUCGAAAUAUAUAUGUUUUUUAAAUGUUGCUUUAUAUUUCAGAUGCAUACAAACAUACAUGAUCAGUGUCUUUAAAGGGAUUACAUCAGGAUCAAAGUAAACAAUGACACUGUAUUCACAUUUACCACAACUAACUACAAUGUGCAUGUUCACGUGAUUGGAAAGUAUGUAUGUUUAUAAAGUAUAUAUAUUUCUGUGAUUUUGUCCCCCCCCCAGUUUUUGGGUGCAUAAUUUACAUCUAAUUAAUAUUUUUCAGUUAAUUUUGUUAAUAUAUAUUCAAUUUAAUACUGGAAAAUCCUAACUGGAGAUGUGUUUUAUAUUUUUGAUAUAUAUAUAAAAAUAUAUAUACACAUAUAAAUAUAUAUUUUAAUAUAUAUAUAUACACACAUGUACAUAUACAGUAUGUCACAGGAUGGUCAAUCACAUCAUUUUCAUCUGAUUUAAUAAAUGGACAAUAAUUAAAAAACAAUGUUGAUUCCUAGUUGUCUUUCUGACCUUCUGAAUUGGCUCUG